ACAGUCACAGAGGAAGGAGGACCCAGAGCUGACACUCUCAUAGCAAGCUAUUACACAGCCUCAGAACAACCCCACACACACACACUUAAACACACCUGCGACUCCAGCAGAGUACUCAGACCAGCAACAGAGGAGGACCUUGGCUCAGAAGGUGGUUGACUUUGUUGCCAGGGAAAUGCAUUUAUAGUGCAAAGCGAGUGAGCUGAGCCCGGCCGAGCUGAGAGAGGAUCAUCUGAUAUCUUCUUCAGUUGACAGACAAUUCAGAAGUUAAGGACAGACCAAGAAGAGGAAAGAAAGGGCUGACUAGUCCAAAGGAGACUUAAAUAAACAAAGAAGAGGAGAGGCUUCUAUUUCUGAAGAUGGAACAGUCUCCGCAGAUUUGGCACAUGCAGCUCGCCCCCCAGGACACUGCUGGAGAGCUGAAUAAGAAGAAGGUGUCAGUCGUGAGCCAGCCGGAGUGCUCCAUCUGCUACAACACCUACGACAACGUCUUCAAAACACCCAAGUUGCUUGAGUGCACCCAUACCUUCUGCCUGGAGUGCCUCUCCCGCCUCAUGGCGGUCUCGCUGGCCGACCAGGACGGUAAAGACGCCGGCAAUCGCCUCUCUUGCCCCUUCUGCCGUCACCCCACCACGCUGACGGAGGACGGACCUCCAGCCUUGACAACCAGCCGUGAGGUUCUCUGCAAGCUGCCCAGCCACCAGCAGCAGGAGGAGCCAGUGUGGCUGGAGGGGGAGAAGCUUUGCUAUAAAAGCUCCGUGCACGACGCCGACACGGGCACCCCCGAGAGCUCCAAGGCCUUCUGCAUCUGCAUAGACAUUGGGGCCAACAAGACAGUGGAUGCUCCGAUCCAGACGCAGCCCCGAACUUUUGGCCUGCUGGACCGGCUGGCGGACUGGAAGAGGAUGGUGCUCUUCAGCGUGCUCAUGGUGCUGCUUGUUGUAGUCGUGUUGUGGCCAUUGCAGUGUGUAUUCAGCACUGGGAACAUGCGCUGCAUGCGAGAACGUGUCGAACACCACUCCACCACGAUACCUGCCACUGCUUUCAGCCUGUUGACCAGACCACCUGGUCUGAAAGACUAAACUUACAGGCUGACUGGACUUCACUGUACAUAAUUUGUGCAUUUUUUUGUGCAUACUUUUUUCUAAGGGGACAUUGUAAUUACCACACACAACUGACAACACCUCCUAUUUUAAGAUGUCUGAUUUAAAAAAAGACCCCACAAGGGGACCGACCUGAAAGGGCUGAAAGAAACACAGACUGCACCAAUUAUUUGUGUUAAUGUGUCAUUAUGGCUUGUCAAAAAUUCCCCAAUUGUCUCCAAACCAAACAGAGCUGAUCUGAUCUUCACUUUGAAAGUAUCUGGUUGGGUAAAAAAAUAAAUAAAAUAGUCUCAAAAGAAAAUGAAUGUAAACCCAAUGUGCCACCCACAAACUCAAACUGAUAUCGUACAUGUGAUUUGUGCAUUUUGAUACGUCCUCGUUUACAGCACUGUAAUAAAAAAGUGAGGUAUUUGCUCAGAUCAUGUUUCUGGGAAAUAAAACAUUUGUGCACGACA